AUGUAUUCCGAACUUGCAAUAGCGGUGUGGCAAGGCCCCUCCACCAGGUACCAUGGAAACUUGUACGCGAGCUUUCCUAUUAUUCUUCAGCGACACUCUACACUCGCGGUUACAACUUACCGUCGCCAUUGCGGCGGCGUCUCCGUCUUGUGCUAUCGUGCUGCUGUUUUUACCUUCCACCGCCUCGACAUCGACAUAAACUCACCAGAGACUCGUGGCUGCUUCACCCAAAAGAAUCUAGAAACAAGCUACCAAGGCGUAGGUACUGGGCGAGCUGCCAGUCGGGAUACAGUUCUUCCCCCCGCGAAAUUCCCACAUAUCGACUCAGCCGUGGAAGAGGGCGACGGCAACGAGGUAACGACAAUGAGGUGUUCGUUUCCCCCUCACAAAGAACCACUUUUUUUCCAAUCAUAUCAGGAGUACGAAUGCCACUACAACAUGUUCCACACGAACCGUUGUCUAGGCUGUCGCAAGAACUUUCCCUCGGAGCACUUGCUCGGCGUACACAUAGAAGAAUGUCAUGACCCCCUUGUCAAAGUUAGAAGAGAAAAAGGCGAACACACGUACUCUUGCUUUGUGGAAGGCUGUGAGCGAAAGUGUCUCACCCAUCAAAAACGCAGACUGCAUAUGAUUGAUAAGCAUAUGUAUCCGAAGAACUUCUUCUUCGGUGUCACAAAAGAAGGCAUUGAUGGGAAAAGGUCACUGCUGGUAGAAACUGGGCAUCGUCGACGGACGUCAUCGGCAGCCUCAAGUUUUAAGGAGACACGUCGACGGCUAAGCAUUGGAGAGGCACGAGACGCCGGCCCACAUGGCGAGAGCAAGAACUGCACGGCACCAUGUUUCGCGUCCGUUGAUAGAAAACUACCUCAAGGGGAAAACACGGACGCAAAUAUGGAAGAUCUUACGGGAGCUAUGUCAGCAUUACAAUUCGUCCCUCCCAGUGUUAAAUUUGGCCGUGGUCGCGCCGGGUUUUCAAAGUCAUAA